AAGUUUAAUGAAAGACAAAAAGAUCGUAGAAGGGUCGCAUCAAGAUAAAGCAUACGAUGAGGGACCAUACUAACAAACAUUGAAUAGUAGAGGGACAACCGAGCUUAUUAACUCCCUGUGUAUAAAGAGAUGGCGAAGUCCUCUACUACAAGCAGCCAACUGGAGAAGAAGUGCCAUUUCACACACAACAAACUUGGUCUCUGUUUUCUCAUCCGAGAUUCCUGUUCAGAGAUCAUGGAGUGCAUGAAAACCCCCUUUAGAGGUAUCCUAAACGAUGUUAAAGGAAGAAUAGCUUGCUAUAAACAAGAUUGGGUUGCUGGCAUUCGUUCUGGAUUCGGUAUACUAGCACCAACUACAUAUAUCUUCUUCGCUUCAGCCCUUCCUGUUGUUGCCUUCGGAGAGCAACUUAGUAGAGAUACAGAUGGAAGCUUGAGCACAGUAGAAACAUUAGCUUCUACUGCUCUCUGUGGCAUCAUACACUCAAUACUUGGUGGCCAACCUCUUUUAAUUUUAGGAGUUGCAGAGCCAACCGUUAUAAUGUACACUUAUUUGUACAACUUUGCUAAAGGAAGGGAACAUUUAGGACCAAAACUCUUCUUGGCUUGGGCUGGAUGGGUUUGUGUCUGGACAGCUGUUUUGCUCUUUCUUCUUGCAAUAUUCAAUGCUUGUGCUAUAAUCAAUCGGUUUACUCGGUUAGCAGGCGAACUUUUUGGCAUGCUGAUUGCUGUUUUAUUCAUCCAAGAGGCUAUCAAGGGCAUGGUCAGCGAGUUUGAAAUUCCCAAAUCUGAGGACCCGAACUUAGAUAAGUAUCAAUUUCAGAUGCUUUACACUAAUGGACUGUUGGGUAUCAUAUUCACUUUUGGACUUCUUUACACUGCCUUGAAAAGUAGAAGGGCAAGAGCAUGGUGGUAUGGCACAGGGUGGUUUAGAAAUUUCAUUGCAGACUAUGGUGUUCCUUUUAUGGUUGUGGCAUGGACAGCACUUUCAUUUAGCAUACCAAGCAAAGUUCCUUCUGGGGUUCCCAGAAGACUUUAUAGCCCUCUUCCACUGGACUCUGCAUCCUUACAUCACUGGACUGUCAUCAAGGAUAUGGGAAGUGUCCCUCCAGCAUACAUCUUUGCUGCAUUUAUUCCUGCUCUGAUGAUAGCAGGGCUCUACUUUUUUGAUCACAGUGUUGCAUCCCAGAUGGCACAACAAAAGGAGUUCAAUCUUAAAAAUCCUUCUGCGUACCAUUAUGACAUCUUGCUACUGGGCUUUAUGACUUUGCUUUGUGGAUUAACUGGGCUACCUCCUUGUAAUGGUGUUCUACCACAGUCUCCUAUGCAUACUAAGAGCCUUGCUGUCCUCAAAAGACAGUUGAUUCGAAGGAAGAUGGUGGCAAGUGCCAAAGAAAGCAUCAAACAGAAAGCGAGCAACUCUGAAAUCUAUGGCAAUAUGCAAGCUGUGUUCGUUGAAAUGGACAGCAUUCCAAUUAAUGCAGUAAUUAAAGAGCUGGAAGACCUGAAAGAGGCAGUCAUGAAAGGAGAAGAUUCAGAGGAUACGUUUGAUCCUGAGAAGCACAUUGAUGCCUACUUGCCUGUCCGAGUUAAUGAGCAAAGAGUUAGCAAUUUUCUUCAGUCCCUACUUGUGGCAGCAUCAGUAUGUGCUAUCCCUGCAAUAAAGCUGAUACCUACAUCAGUACUUUGGGGAUAUUUUGCUUACAUGGCAAUUGACAGUCUUCCUGGGAACCAGUUCUGGGAGAGAAUGCUACUCCUAUUCAUUGCACCUGGCCGGCGCUAUAAGGUCCUGGAGGGGAUUCAUGCUUCCUUUGUGGAAUCAGUUCCCUUCAAAUACAUCGCCAUAUUUACCAUCUUCCAAUUCGUCUAUUUCCUGGUCUGUUUUGGUGUGACCUGGAUUCCGAUAGCUGGAAUCUUGUUCCCCCUGCCGUUCUUUAUUCUCAUCAGCAUCAGACAGUACAUCCUUCCUAAGUUGUUCCUUCCAAAUCAUUUGCGGGAACUAGAUGCAGCCGAAUAUGAGGAGAUUACCGGCGCCCCACGACCUUCUCUCAGCUUCUCUUUCAAGGAACGAGAAGAACGUGUUCUUGGAAAUGAGGAAGGCAUAGUCGAAAUGUGUGAUGCUGAGAUAUUGGACGAGCUAACUACCAGCAGAGGGGAGUUAAAGUUUAGAAAUGUUAGCUCCAGGGAAGAGAAUGCUACUCAGGUCUGUUCCCAUCCAGAAUGAGAGAUGAUGAAUUGUACUUGGAAGAUGACGAAGACGACAUUUACAGCUAGGAGAGAAGAAUUUCAUCAUAAUAGUUGCAGAUAGAAGCCAAGGACAGAUCAUUGAGUUUUGUCCAGUCAGAAUCACCCCAUCCUUUUAAUUUCUUGUCCCUUCAUUGUAUAUAAAUCCAAAUUAGCAUUGGCAAAGCGAUAGAGAAGAUUUGCGUGUAUUUUAUAUUUGAGAUU